AUGCAGCUGGUGCCCACCCAGCACAAGGUUCUCACCCCCAGCCCUUGUAAGCCCGGCUUGCUUCACCAGUGCUGCUCUGUGCUGGCUGCUGCUAGCACUGAAAGUGGCCUUUACAUCAGCCAGAGAAAAGCCAAAGGCCAGCUCCUGUUUGAACAGAUCAUGUAUCACCUGGACCUUAUAGAAAGUGACUACUUUGGAUUAAGGUUCAUGGAUUCCGCACAAGUGGCGCAUUGGUUGGACAACACAAAAAGCAUAAAAAAGCAAGUUAAAAUUGGCCCACCAUAUUGUCUGCAUUUUCGUGUGAAGUUUUACUCCUCGGAGCCCAACAAUCUGCGUGAAGAGCUAACAAGGUAUUUAUUUGUUCUGCAGCUGAAGCUGGAUAUUCUUAGUGGAAAAUUGGAAUGUCCUUUUGACACAGCCGUCCAGUUGGCAGCUUAUAACAUGCAAGCUGAACUUGGAGACUAUGAGCCGGCUGAACAUGUCCCUGAACUGGUGUCUGAGUUCAGGUUUGUUCCCACUCAGACUGAAGAAAUGGAACUAGCCAUUUUUGAGAAGUGGAAGGAGUUCAGGGGGCAAACACCAGCACAGGCUGAAACUAACUACUUAAACAAAGCUAAGUGGCUGGAAAUGUAUGGUGUAGACAUGCACAUAGUUAAGGCAAGAGACGGCAAUGAUUACAGCCUGGGAUUAACACCUACAGGAGUUCUUGUCUUUGAAGGAGACACAAAGAUUGGUUUGUUUUUCUGGCCAAAGAUAACAAGGCUUGACUUCAAGAAAAACAAACUCACUCUUGUUGUUGUUGAAGAUGAUGAACAGGGAAAGGAGCAGGAGCACACUUUUGUCUUCAGGCUGGAUCAUCCCAAAGCCUGCAAGCACUUGUGGAAGUGUGCCGUGGAGCAUCACGCCUUCUUCCGGCUCCGAGGCCCCGUCCAGAAGAGCUCGAGCCGGUCGGGAUUCAUUCGCUUGGGAUCCCGCUUCCGGUACAGUGGGAAGACAGAAUAUCAAACCACCAAGACCAACAAAGCGAGGAGAUCAGCAUCCUUUGAAAGAAGGCCCAGUAAAAGAUAUUCGAGACGAACAUUGCAAAUGAAAGCACAUGCUACCAAACUUGAAGAAACAAGUACUGCAAACAGUGCUGUUGUCAACCAAACUAAUGGAUCACAGAGCUGGAAUGCGAAGCCAAACCUACCUGUCCUAACAGUGGUUCCUUCUGCCCCAGUCUUAGUGGAAAUAGAGAACCUCCCAAGGAGCCCAGGAGCCAGCCAGCAAGACAAGAAGUG